UUGGCCCCAGGAUACCGCUCUGGGAAGCCGCGUUCGUCUCCCGAAGGAUCCGUCGAUUCUUCGGAGGAAGGCCAUGGAAGGGGAAGGGUUAAGAAACUUCAAGGAACUUCGAGCCAAAUUUCAAAAGUUUGAUGUGCCCUCUCUUCCAAGACCUAUAUUCCCAGCAAGAAUUUCUCAAAAGAGCGAUAUUGGAAACACACAGUCAACAGGUGUUUUGGCCAAUGAGAAACCCCUCUCCUCCAACCACAGUCAGCUCCCACUGUAUUGUUCUAGCGGUGAACCCCAGCCUCUUCAACCCCAGGAAAUGAAGUCCUCCCAGAGGAGCAAGAUUCAGAGAUGUUCUGAUUCCUCAGAACCUCCAGAAGGGUCUACUGAUUCUGCAGUAAAGUCAAAGAAGACUUCUCUGCUGUUAGACGUGAAUCAGUCAAAUGCUGACAUAACCCAUGAGAGGAAUGUCAUGGUGACUGACAGCUUCAAAGACAAGCUCUGGAAUUGGGAGAAGGUUUCAUCUCAGAAAAGUGGGAUGUCUUCAGCCUUUGUCCUUGCCAGUCGUGGAAGAAGGGCCUCCCAUCUGGAGGAGGAGAAAAGCAUAGGGCUUGCUCCAGAGGUGCCCAGGGGGAAGCUAGAAACAGGAGGAGCCCAGACCCUUCCUUCCCAGAAGCACUUGAUGACCCCCCAAAAUUCACUUGCCUCCUUUCAAGAUCCUACUUCUCUACUUUUUCAGUGUGACAGGAAGAGCCUAGAAAGCCCCUAUCUUGAGAGGAGCCCCAUGAGGAACACCUGCCAGCCUGUCUAUGAGAGUGAACUUGCCACCCAGGUCCCCGAGAAACAGCCAGAUGACAGGCAUCACCAACUUCUCAAAACAAAGCCACUGCCUUCCAUCAAGUCCCUGGGUCCUCCUCCCCCAAAGCCUCCGAAGCCCCCAGCCGUGAACCUCCAGGCCUUCCAGAGGCAGGCAGCUGUAAUUGCUAAGACCCACACAGAAGCAGCUGUGGAAGAGGGCUGCCUGCCUCCAGAGAGUGCUGAAUUUGAAGAACCACAUAAUUAUGAGGCGACAAUUUCAUAUCUGAAACACUCUGGCAACUCCAUUAACCUGUGCACCGCAAAAGAAAUUGCUGAUGCAACUUACGAAGUCGAAAUUGAAGAACUGCAAAAGCCUUGGAAGAGUGGUCUCCGUGGAGAAUUUAGCCCUACACAUGAAGAUGAAGGUAAAAAAGAGAAGGAAAAGGAGCUGUGUGAAUUGGCACCUCGAAAACCAGAAAGGGAUCUACAUUCAAGCCGUCUUUUCGAGGGGGCUGCCUCUGGAGGGAUGCUGGGAAGAAACAAGGUGACGAAGGUCCACGGAGGCAGCAGGAGCCCGCUGCCCGGGAAACAGGACACUGGGAGCAUCAUCGCUGUCCAGACAAAGCCCCGCCCCCAUGACCCAAAGCUGGCCAGACACUCCUUAAGCCACGGUGGGUAUGUGGAGGCCUUGGAGGUCACUAAAGAAAUGCCAGGCCAGGGGGCCUGGAAGCCUCGCUCCAUCUCAGAGGAGACGUACGACGAUGUUGAGUGCCCCAGCAGAGGGAGAACAAGGUCAGAUUUCUCUAGCUCAUUUGCUUCAGAUGAUGUUCUUUUAAUUCCAGAAGAAAAUAGUGAAGAAGUGUAUGAAGAGGUCUACAAAACAAAAGGCAACUACCCAAAAAUAGACUUAGAUGGAAAAGAAGCCCUUAAAAGACUGCAGAAAUUCUUGAAGAAAGAAAAGAACAGAUUUAAAAUGAAGAAAAACAAGUUGAAAGAAAAUGUAAGUGCACUUUCCAUUUCGCUGCCUGAUUUAGAACUUAGGUCUCAGGAAGUUAUUAUCUAUGAUAACGUCGAUAUAAAUGAAAAAGAAUCCAGAAAUGAAGAUAAACUAAAAACUUGGAAGCCCAAGUUUUUGAUGGCAAAGGAAAAGAAAGAGAAAAAAGGUGUUGAAGAAUCUGAAAGAAAUUUCUUUAGAACCAAGAAGCAAAACUUAGAAAAGAUCAGAAUGGAAAAAGAAGAAAAACGUUUCAGAGAACAAUUUGAGUAUGAUAAAGAGAUUACUGUCAUCAACACAGCAGUGGCACGUUCCAGGAAUUCCAGAAAUGGAAUGUUUGAUUUGCCAAUAACCCCUGGAGAAGAACUGCAAGUCAUUGACACCACUGAAGAAAAUCUAGUGAUUUGUCGCAAUUCUAAAGGCAAAUGUAAGUUACUGGCUUAUCACAAGAUUUCAGUCACUGUUGAAGAAAAAUCUGAAAGCAUUCUAUACCUUUGAGACUAGUAAUAGUGAUUUUUGUUUCUAUAGAUGGAUAUGUACUACUUGAACAUCUAGAUUUCAAGUAAGUGGUUUGAUUUUAUACUACAAAUCAUGAAUCCUAAAUAUAAAAGUGUUGUGUAUGUCAGUCUCAAAGAAAGACUACCCAAUUUAUUUAAAUUCCGGAAAAGUUUUAAGGAUUACUUUGGUAUUUUUAUGCUCUGUAUAGAAAUCUGAUAACAGGAAACGCAAUAAUAGUCUCUUGCAAACUGGGUAAGAAAUCUACCACUCACUACUCCGUGGGCCUCUACCUUUCUGUUUUCUCAGGCAUCAAGGUUGGUCGCCUUAGGAAGAUGAAGCUCCAGGUGCAGGGGCUCCACUAGGAAGGACUAAUCUGAGACCUUAGUUCUGCCUCACCUGUUUCAAUUCACAGGUCAAUUGGGAUGGUGGGAUCUGUGGAACUGGAGAAGAGAAAAACAAAUCCUCCAUAUUUAGAUGUUGGUUUUACUCCUAAAUGGUUAUCUUUCAAUGUCUAUUUCAGUAUCUAUUUCACUGCUGGCUCAAGAGAAUGUGAAACUGUGUGUGUUAGCAUUUGAGCACUUAUUUAAUGAGCCAUAGCCAAAGUUAGAAAUCAUGCCUUAUGGCACCUAGGCAGUUGUGCAGAUGGUUAGUUUGCUUCUAAUAUUAGUAUAUGAGUGUUUAUAAUUUCUAGAAGAUGUUGUGCAUUUAAAUUGCAUGUAAUUCUGAAAAAUAAAUAAAUAAUGUAACCAAGGUCUUUUAAAUACUCAGAUUUAAGGUAUAAUCUUGAAUGUAAUUAUGGCUCAGUCUUAAAAAAAAAAAUCAAGGUAAAAGUAAGUGUCCUUCUGCUUUAUCCGAAAACCAAAA